AUGAAUUCUGUACUGCAAGUGGAAGAGCUUGUAAAAGAAUACUUGUUAGUAUGCUUUUUGACCACCUUUCGCUCUUUUGAACAAGAAUGUAAAAAUGACAAAAACAAGGGAUUCCAGGCCGAAAGAAUUAUCGAUGAAUUAUACUCAUUUGUCGCAAAUAGCGAUAUUAAUGGUCUACUCGAUUACUGGAAAUAUCUCGAUCUGAGAUAUUUUUCUCGGUUGGAUGUUAGAUUUUUGGGAAGUGUCAAAAAAUUCGAAACGUGUCUUUUGAGGUAUUACCUUGUGUAUGCGAUACAGCAAAAACGCAAAGACAAGGUGUUGAUGUUUUUUGACACUUUUGGAGCAGAGUUAAGUAAAAAUUCAGAAUGGUCAAAAUGGUUCGGUCGUUCCUCCUCUAGCCUUUCAUCGUUGAGGUCGACACAGAACAAUAAAGCUGAAACAGGUUCCGAAAAUAAUGGCAUGAAAUCCCCUGAAACUCUUGCUGAUGAUCGAAGCAUGACACCAAUAUCCGAAUACAAUUCAGAUGACACCCAAGAACUUCCGGGUGAGGAUGCAAAUCCAUUCACCAUAAUGAGUCAGGUGAGGCAGCUUUCGCAAAUUUUACUUAAUAUUCAGAUACAAUAA